AGUAUUUCAAAGUUGCUCGGUCUGAUUUUUUGCCGGCAACUGACUUGCAUUGUAUUUAACAUAAAGCUGCGGAAUUACUCGAACAUAAUAUACAAUGCUAACAUACAUUUGUUGUAACGUCAUUUGCCGAGAACAAUACAUUAGUGAUAAAAUAGUUUAGAUAUGAUUAAGGUAUUGAGUCCUUGUCAUAGUACUGUCAAGAUUGUAUGCAGACACGCCCCUGUAUAUAAACGUGUAAUCAGUAAAACAGAAACAUUAUUCGGUGCGAUUGUGUAUAUAGACUCUUGUCAAUACAGUUCCAAAGUAUUUAAUAAAUUUGAAGAAUUUGGUAAAUCCAUUAAAGUUAACAUGGAUGUAUUCAAAUUCACCGACUAUGAUUGCAUUGGUUUUGACUUGGACAAUACCUUGCUGCGUUACAAUAUUACAAAUCUAGUGCAAAGAGAGUAUGAGAUAUUAGCUAGAUUCUUGGUGGAUGAACGGAAAUACAGUGCAAAACAUCUUUUAAAGCCGUUGACAGACAAUGAUUUGGAUUUCAUGCAAAAGGGAUUAUUGUUAGAUGCUGAAAGAGGAAACAUACUCAGGAUACGGAUUAUACCAGCUAUCAAGGAACAGUUAAAGCAAUUAAGUGGUCCAUCAAAGGAAAUGAAGAAUACAAAAUAUACUUUUAAAAAUAAACGCAUUCAGCAAAGGCAACAGGAAGGCCUCGCAGCUGUAGAACAAAUUUUAGAAAGUAGGGAUGAAACACAAAAUAAAUGAUAUUUUUGAAAAAUUUGA